UUUUUAAUUGUUUUUUUUACAACCACAAAAAAAAUUGAUUCAAUUUCAAAGAGACUCAUCAUCCACAUGUGUAGUAUAUCUACUAGUUUUGUUUAACUCAUUCAUAUCGUUUCGUUUCGUUUCGGUUUUUUUUUUUGAUUGUCAAAUUUGUGGAGUAAACAAAAAGAAAAAAGAGUUGUAAAAAGGUUUUCUGACCUCAAAAAUUAAACAACUAUAUAAUAAAAUUCGAAAUUAAAAUUGGGUUGUAUCAAGAAAAGAAAAAACAUUCAUCAAAAAAUGUCAUCAUUACCACGAACAAAUCUAUUCCAUGAUGUUGGUAAUAAUAAUGAUAGUGAUGGAAAUCAUCAUCAUCAUCAUCAUCAUCAAUAUUCAGUGGAUAACCGAUCAUCAACAUCAAAUUCAACUAAUAAUCGUUUUGAUCAGGAUGGCCUUAUAUUACCGAAAAAACUUUCCAAUCCAUCAUUGGAAUCAAGAGAGAAAAAAGAGAUGCAUCGUGAAAUGUUAUGGAAAAUGAAACAUGGUCAAACAAAUGAUCCACGACGAGAGAAUGAAUAUCGUCGUGCAUUUCAACAAUAUCAACAACGGCAACGAAAUAAAGAAAAAGAAAUCGAAUCAACAUCAUAUGAAAAAAUGUUGGAAACACAAAAACAACGUCUAAAUUCGGUUACUAUAUCCGAUUUGAUUGAAACAAAUAUUGACAAUAAUUCAUCAUCAUCAUCGUCAUCAUCAUUGUCAAUGGAUAAUCAUUUCCAUCAUACACAAAUUAGCCAUAGAUCAUCAUUGCCAAAUAAUAAUGAUAAUAAAGAAUUUCAUCGAAUUCUAACAAAAUUACGAUCAACAUCAUCCAACAAUAAUGUUAAUAUCAAUAAUAAUAAUAAUUGUAAUAAUAAUAAUGAUAUUUCAAAUCCAAAUAAUUUGUAUUUCACUAAUGAUAAAAACAAUAAUAAUCAAAAUGAUAAAAAUCGUAACAAAAUAACCAAAUCAAUAUCGAAUACAUUGACCAACAACAACAACAAUAAUGAUAACAGUCCGAUUAAAUCGAUUGGAAAUACAACAAAACAAACAAAUUCAUUUGUUUAGGAUAAAAAAAUUUAUACAUUUUGAAAUGACAUCAACAUGACAUGAAAAUUUUGCAAUAUUUUCUUGAUUAACAAAUACCACAAACACACACACACCAAAUAAAAAUAAAAAUUUUCCAUGUGUAUGAUUUAAAAUUCAA